AUGACUGAAUCAGCAUUGGAAUCAACUAAAGAAAACAACGUUUCAAACAAAGUGUUGACUCCAGACUGGAUAAAAGCUGGACUCGAAAAGCAAAAGCCGGUCUUCAAAAAACCACCCACCCUUAUAGGAGAUGCCUUUAUUGGUGUGCAUCCUGGAGUGUUCGAGGUCAGAAGACCUAUACAACAUUUCAUAACGGGAAGCAGCUAUGACGGCACUUGGGAUGUUUUAGGGUUUUCUGGAUACGGAACUUACUAUUAUCCUCAUGGUGCAAUCUACCAAGGUAAUUUUAAAAAUGGCCAGUUUCACGGCAGAGGUCAAAUAAUUUAUCCUAUGGGACAUCAAAUGAGAGGGUUGUUUAAGAAUGGAAAGCUUGUCGAGAAAAAGUUCAGUUUUCCGGAUAAUCUCGAUUACAGCGAACCUUGGAAUUAUUGUCAAAUGCCAGAUAGAAGAUUCCAGAUAGACGUGAGUAAAGGUCUACAAGGACCCGAUACAGAGUUCCUGACCAACCUGCAACCUACAGUGGCAGUUCCAGAAGGUUGCUAUGACACAAUUGACGGUUUCUAUGCACCCGGUGUAAAAUCUGUCUUUAACUAUGACCCGGAGGGACUUGCAACUAAUGAUCCAACAAAACACAAGAAAAACAUCGACACAUUGAAACGUACGGUACGCUGCGAGGAAAGCAAUUUCAUAGAAAAACACUACAGAACUAUGCACCUGAAAAGUCUCGGUUACAGGCCGGAUUUGUACGAGCACUGGACGACCGGCAAAUUUGCGGAAAUGGGCAAACAAAUGUCCGAUUUCGAGUGGUUGAAGGAUCCCUCUGGUACUUUUGAGUCCGGGAGCAGUAGCAGCCAAGACGAUUUACAAAUGCAUUUCGAGUUUGAAAUACUCAAAGAUUAGUUUUUAUUUUUAUAUAUUUAUUUUAAGAAUUAUUGCUCAAAUAAAAAUCAUAUUAUACACAAAAAACCAUUUUUAUUUUUAAUAGCAGGACAAAAUUACAAACAAAUGUUAUCAUUUAUGAUUUUGAAUCAGCAGUCGUUCUAGUUCGCCUACGGUAUAUUCCAAACUGAUCAUUUUUUGAUGCAGCAAAUCCUUUGGGUCUGGUAUCUGGAUUGUUACGAUAUCAUUUUUGGUUUGACGAUUUUCCAAGGCCUGAUUCCAGAUAUUUUGCCAGAGCUUGUACUUGUCUGUUGUUUUGGUGUUUUGCAAAACUCUCAAAAAUUCUUUUUUA